GAUGCGCCGCAUUCUGUCCUCACCCCAUCUCGGGGUGGGGUGGGGGCUAAUACUCCCCCAGUGACCCUCACACGACUGAAUUGGGGCUGCUGGCUGCGUCAGGGAGAGGGGAUCGCGGUCCCCGCAGAUCACAAUAUAAAAGGAAGCCCCUCUCGGUCUGCCCCCGCCCCGGGUCGAGCUGCUCCAGCGCCUUCCUUGCCCCCACGGCCAGAGGCGCCGCCGCCUCCUUUCCUCCCCGCGGAGCCGUCGCCGGCGUCUUUUCCUGCCCAGCGUCAGCAGCCGGCAACAGCGAGCCGAGCGCCUGCUGGCUCCACCACACCAGACGCCCGGGCUGGACGCCACCCCGCAGUGAUGCACGCCGGGCCCCGAUCCCGUACGCUGAGCGAUCCCGUGACCCGCUGCUGCUCCUGAGCGCGCCCCGGCCGAGAAGCAGCUUCGGCAAACAAACCCCAAAGUCUGGAGAAAGUCUAUGCGGCGCGGCGGAUCUCUCGGACCGCAGGGGGCCAAGCCAGCUCGGCAGAGGGCGAGGGGGGCGUUGCAGCCUCCCGCUGGCCAAACCACCUCUCCCUCUCCCUCCCCCCUGCGCGCCCGGGUCGGGUUUGGCUCCGGCUCCCCGACGCACUUUUCUUUCUGCAGCUGGAGCUGCCGGGGAAGAAAGGGGAGUCAGGAGAGCAGAGCAGCCAGGUGUGUGCCGGAGGGGCAGCCUAUCCCCCUUUCUGUCCCUUGGCGCAGAGAUUUCCUUCCCCUCCGCCUCUGCCGCUAGGGCCAAACAAAAGUUCAUCUAUGUUGGGUAUUUAGGGGUUAACGUGGAGGAGAGUCGAGUCGACCCAGAAGGGGAGCCCUUGCGAGUUCUGAAAGCGCCGCGCAAGAAAGAAGAGCUCCCGUGCGGAAGAGGGAGCGGGUUUAAACAACAGCAACAACUCUUAUUGUUAUUUGCUCUUUGUGCCAAUCACCACGAGCCCCGAUGCAACUUCUUGCGCCCUUCCUCCUUUACGUGGCCACCUGGGCCAGCUUCUGCAACCGACAGGGCUCCGCCGCCGGCGCCCAGAGCGGGUCCAUCAGAGCCUUGCGAGCCUCUAACCUGCGGAGGGAUGAGAGCAAUCACCUCACAGCCCUGUACCGGAAAGAAGAGACCAUCAACAUCUGGGGAAAUGGCAACAUCCACAGCCCUCGUUUCCCAAAUAGCUACCCCAGGAACCUAUUACUGACAUGGAGGCUGCUCUCAGUGGAGAAUACAAGGAUACAGCUGGUGUUUGAUAAUCAGUUUGGACUGGAGGAGCCAGAGAAUGAUAUCUGCAGAUAUGACUUUGUGGAAGUGCAAGAUGUCUCUGAAAUCAGCACAAUUAUCCGUGGGCGAUGGUGUGGGCACAAGGAAGUGCCUCCAAGAAUAAUGUCCAGAACCAACCAGCUGAAGAUAACCUUCAAGUCCGAUGACUACUUUGUGGCUAAACCUGGUUUCAAGAUUUAUUACUCCCUGGUGGAUGAUCUCCAGCCUGCUGCCUCCGAAACCAACUGGGAAUCAGUCACCAGCCCUGUCUUGGGGGUAUCCUCUCACUCUCCAUCAGUGACUGACCCUACGCUCACUGCGGAAGCUCUGGAUCAAACCAUCGCUGGAUUUGACACUGUGGAAGACCUGCUCAAGCACUUUAAUCCAGAUACUUGGCAAGAAGAUCUCGAGAAUCUGUACAUGGACACUCCCCAGUACCGAGGCAGAAGUUACUAUGAGAGGAAGUCAAAAGUCGACCUGGACAGGUUGAACGAUGAUGCAAAGCGUUACAGCUGCACUCCAAGGAACUAUUCAGUCAACAUCAGGGAGGAGCUACGACAGAGCAACGCUGUCUUCUUUCCCCGCUGCCUUCUUGUCCACCGCUGUGGAGGCAACUGUGGCUGUGGCUAUACAAACUGGAAAUCCUGUACGUGCACGGCAGGAAAAGUGGUGAAAAAAUAUCAUGAGGUGCUGAGGUUCCUCCCUGAAGCAGGUCAUAUCAGGAGGAGGGGAAGAACCAAGAACAGCAUGGCACUGAUCGAUAUUCAGCUUGAGCACCAUGAGCGUUGUGACUGCAUCUGCAGUGCAAGGCCACCUCGAUAAAGGAUGGACUAUACCAUCCUAUGUGCAACUUAAAGGACCUCUUUCUUUUCAAGGAGGAGCAAUCUGAGGAUCUUCUCCCAGUGGCCACUGAACUUUGCUAACAGCCUGCAUUCUAACUGGUAGAGACAUCCAUGGCCUUUCGACUUCAAGUACUGAGUGCAUGACAGCUACUCAUUUGUAACACAGGUCUAUUUCUCUGGAUUUAAAUGUGGUAUUAAGAGAGAACCAGAGAAUCCAAGGGCUGAAAUCUUAGUGCCUGCAAUGAGAUCUAGCUGCAUGAUGAUGUUUUUGUGGCUGAAUUUCUUAGUUGGCUUUUAAAUGCCUACAUGCAUAAGUUACACAUGGGUAUGCAUGCAUGUAUUCACAUACUCGCACACACAACUCUGCGCUUACAAGCCUAUUGACUUAAGCACAUCUAUACAGGUGUACAUAAGGAGGAAAAAAAUAUUAUUCAAAAUAGCUAAUCCAGUUUGUAUACAAGCAACCUGAUCCACUAAAUGUAAUCCAUGUGCAGAAAAAGACCUCCACUCAUGGGUCUGAUAUACUGAGUGGGUAGACAAAAUCCUGAAGUUGCAUGGGGAACAAGAAGGCACAUCCAGCAAUAUCAGAAGGCACAUUUAGACACAUGCAUUACAACAUAUAGUUCCCAACACAACUAUGCUUGCAAAUAACUCUAACCCUUGUUCCUUCAAAAUACAGAUUCAAAUACACUAAAAAAAAAAAAAAUGACACACACAAAACCAUGACAGAAAGAAAAUUUUAGGGGCAUAGGAAGCUGCCUUAUAAUGAAUCAGACCAGUGGUCCAUCUACUGCCCUGAGCCAUUUUGGAAUACAAAUCAAAUAAAUAAAUCUAGCUCAGUAUUGUCUACACUGACUGGCAGUGGCUCUCCAAGGUUACAGGCAGGAGUUUCUCCCAACCCCACCUGGAGAUACCAGGGGGUGGACCUAGGAUCUGUUCUCCCACUGAGCUUUGGCACCAUAACUUGCAAAGCUCACAUGUCUCGCAUCCAAUAGCAAACCAAGGCAGACCUUGCUUAGCAAAGGAGAAAAAUAUGUUUGCUACUACAAGACCAGCUAUCCUGUUUUAUUUUCAUUGGAUCAGUUUCCAUUGGCACACAAUAUUGUGGCCCAGGCUUCCAUCCAGCAUAAGUAUAAUUCAAUAGAAGGGUGGCCUAUUUGAUUCCAGAAGAUUCUCCCACUCCCUUAGGAUCUAGACAAGAGGCCUCUGCAAAAGAAGUGGCUUUCAUGCUGUACUACCGUUUGUCUGUCUGGGCAUCCUACAGAAAUGGGAGGACCCUACAGAAAUAGGACUGGGGGGGCCCAAUCCACAGCACACAGAUAGAGCUCUAGAUGCCAGGGAGGCUUUUAGGCUACCUAGAGCAAGAAAUACUUCAUAAUUAGGUUGGUAUCACCUAUUUGGCAGAAGUUCCAUGGGAACCCAUAACCCAGAUUUGGACAUUUGGGUUGAACAUCAGCCCCAGCCCACAUAACUAGUCUACAAACAUUUUUAACGUAAAGUAUGCCGUCGAGUUGGUGUUGACUCCUGGCAACCACAGAGCCCUGUGGUUGUCUUUGGUAGAAUACAGGAAGGGUUUGCCAUUGCCAUCUCCUGCGCAGUAUGAGAUCAUGCCUUUCAGCAUCUUCCUAUAUCACUGCUAUGGGUGUUUCCCAUAGUCUGGGAAACAUACCAGCUGGUUUAAACUGGAACAAAUCAGAAUAGGGGCUCUCAAACUUGGGUCCCCAGAUAGUUUGAGAAUUCCUGUCUCUUCUUGCAGAUAUAUCCAAGUGGAAAGCAAGAACGGAAGAGUUCUAGUUUUUAGAGGAGAAGUUUAAAGAUCAGUAUUUUUAGAGCUAAAUAUGGAAUGUCCUACUUUUCUCAUUACAUACGGUAAUAUUUCUUAACCAUCUUUAGUAGCUUCAAUUGCCAAGUUCAAGCUGUUGGCAUGUAAACAACCACCACCACCACCUCUUUUGGAUUGUAUUUUGAUACUAACUACUUCAACUUCUCACCUUUCUCUUGCCAAACAAUACUGUGUGUUUAUUAUUUGAAAAGAAUAUAAAACUAUUUACUCCCUGCCUUUCUGUAAAAUAAAGCACCUUAAAAGCUACAGCAUAGCCAGCUUGCUGCGAUUUUGAACAUAUUAUCAGAAAGAUGUUUGAUUAACAUAAGGAAUUGGGGUUUGGGAUUCCUCCCCACCCUCCAAAAAAUCUGACCAGUGCAAAGUGUAGGCUUGCUUGGGGCCAAAAGAAAAUUGAACUUUUGAUGGUGAAUAUAAUGGAGGAAAUAGGAUGGAAGGUUUUGUAGACAAGGAUUUAUAUUUAAUAGCCAUCCGAAGCUGCACUUCAUUUUAUGUAUUACUUUUUAGCUCCUGUCUUUAAGGAAGAAAGAAAUGGCUUUACAAUAGUAUUUCAUGCAUUAAACUGAAAUUGGCUUGUUAUCAGGUAAUAGUGUGAACUUUUAAACCAUUCCUGUUCUGAUGGUUAUAUUAGUGGUGGAGUUCUAGAAUGAUCUCCAUCCUCUGGAUUGGUUUCUUUAUCAAGUAAAAUCUGUUAUCUACUCUGUUUUUUAUAUCUCUAUCAAACCUUUCCUGGAAUGCAGUUUAAAUAUUGAACAAGUUUUUACUUGCUAUUCUGGCCGAACACUUGAGAACCUAGAAAAUUGUUUGCCUGAUUUCCCCCCUCCCGCCCUUUAUUUAUAUUGAUUGUAAGUCUUGUCUUUCCCAGAUGCCUCUUUAAGAUGUGUAAUUCAUUAUGAUCCUUUUUUUAAAUGAGCAGCUCUGAAGCCAAAGAUUUUCAACAUUAUUACCUAUUUUGAACUUCAAGAGAUUCUUCACGGUUUCUCAUUUGUCUUCUUUUGCACCAAAUGUCCCAGCGCUCCAGGUUUACACUAGGAAAACAGCACAUUAGAAUGACGCAUUUAAAUCUCAAAUGGACAUUAUUAACUGAACUAUGGUAUUAAAUAUGCAUGGUAUUAAAUUGGGUUAUUAGUUCCACAUAGCUUGACCAGUUCUUGAACUGUAAUUCUUUGUUUCACACAUGGGGUAGCCCCCUGCCAAUGUGCCAUGAGUAUUCAGUUCAAGGUGGCAACUGGGUGGUGGACAUAUCUGAACAAUCUCCUUUUUAAAAAAUGGGAACACAUUUUAACUACCUUCCCACCAGUCAGAAGCUAAUUUGUAGAUAACACCUGUAGAUAACUACAAGAGAAAGGUGUCCUGGGUUGAUUGUGUAGUUCUCAGACUUGUUGGAAUACAACUCCCAUUAUUUGCAGCUACAAUAGCCAAAGCAACAAUCGCUUUGGUAAUUGCGGCCAGGGGUUGAUGCGAGUUGUAGUCCAAGAACAUCUGGGGACCCAAGUUUGAGAACCCUUGUUGUAGCUGAAAGACCUCAGAUAAUUUCAGGUGUAUUUACCAGUCUUUUGAGUAAUUCUAAAGGCUCACACUCUUCUUGCAGUCACCCAUUUUCUUCCCGCUCAAAAAUGAAUCCAGAUUCCUUUUGGCAAAUGAGUCAUCUGAACUCUCUUCCCUCUCCACUUUGAAAGGAUGCAGAGCAGAAUGCCAGUUUGUGGCAGAUGGAUCAAGCAACUCAUUCCCCAUAAGCCUUGUUCAGUCGGGGCAGGUAGAAACUCAUCUAAUCCUCAGAGCUGUUAUGUGAAUAGGCUCCAGGCUGCCGACGCACAAAAUCAAUUGUUGAGGCCUGCACAUCAGUUUAUUAAUGUGAAAAGAAGGCAACCGUGGGAUUAUUUGUAGAUAGAAUCAGAUGUCUGAGAGAGGAUUGUUUGGAAAAGAACUGAUGUCAUUGGCAGACAUCCAGAGCAAUAUUUUGCGAACAUUACUCUGCAAACACAGCAAUGCUCUCCUAACAACCACAGCCAAACGGUGCUUGCCCCAAUGCUGCUGCUGUGUGUUCCUUGAAGCAUAGACACUUUUGCGCUCUUGUCCAAUUCUUUGGCAUUCCCCGUGGGUCAGCAGUGCUUAAUUACAGCAGAAACACCUCACUUGACCCUCAAUGAUGUGUUUCUGCUGCAACAGAGCACAUCUUGAGCAUGGGCACGACCUAAAAAGGAUUUGUGCUCUUUGCAACCCAGACUUCAAGGAGCACACUCAGCAGUGCAGGGGCUAGCCCUUCAUGGCUGUGGGUGUUAGGAGCAUCUGCAGAGCAUUGCUCUGGAUGUCAGCAACUAUGUGCACAAUCACUGCACCCUUAUUUUGAAAUGGGUUGAUCAUAUAUGUGGGACUCAAAUACAGGGCAGGUGUGCAGGGAAUGCAAGCUUAGUUGCAGAAUCUAUAGAAACUGGAGAGAGUGCACAUGAGCCUAAAGCUUGCUUCUGUACCCAGCCACACAACAUUUUCUGGGCUGCUAUUUCAUAGAAUUUCAGAAUUGUAGCAGAUCUUGGAGGUCUUCCAGUCCAUCCCCUAUUCUGUCCAGGAAUUUGCUACAGCAGGGGUUCCCAAACUGUGGUUCUCCAGAUGUUGCUGAGCUACAGUUUAUUGAUCGGAGAUGAUGGGAAUUGUAGUUCAGCCACAUCUGGAGAACCACAGUUUGGGAACCCCUGUGCUACAGCAACACAUGCAGAUCUCCAUUCUGCUUCCAACUGAAAACUUCUAGAGAAGAGGCAACCACUGCAUGAGGCAGACUGUUCCACUGUCUAACAGCUCAUACCGUUAGGAAGCAUUUCCUAAUGUAUAAUCUAAAUUUGCUACCUUGUAAUCUGUAAUGCCCCUUAUGGAAAGAAAGGGACCAUGCAUGGGAACAACCUUGAUAACCUGCCAGAGCAAAACUCAUGAUCAUAAAAAAAUGCAUAGUGUUGGGUGCAUAGGCCAAUUUCUUUCCCUUGCCUCCACACUUUGUGUCCCCUGAGCUAGUAUAGAAUAUUAUGCUGGAAUUGGUGCACAAAACGUACAACUGUAUGAAUAUCCUACCAUUGUGGCAGCACACUAAGUGGAGUUUGGUGCAUAUGUGAGUACUUUCCUCCUUUCCCACAUAUGUCCAUGCAGUAGAUUUUGAGGGUUGAGCUGUAAAUAUGAGAGGGUUUGUGCUGAAGUGGUAAGCCAGGAUGUAACCAAGGAAAGUCGUUAAUUCGCAUUUAUUUAUUGCAAGAACCUAUCAUUAUGGAGAUCUGCUAUUCUCUCCCCUCCACUUUCCUUCCCCCAACUCUCCAGUAGCUUUUGUGCCUUUAGUCUGGGCAUGAUCAUCCAGGAAGAUCUCCUACAUAUAUCACAUUGAAAUGAAUGGGAGCUGCACCAGACUAUGCUGGAAUGUACCAUCAGAAUUGAAGUUAUGGAUCAGUUCUUUUUCCAUCCAAUGAAAGCGUAUCAGAUCUAGUGUGCAACUACCAUUUUCAAAGUAUUCUGAAACAAGUCCAUAACUUCAGAGAGGCUCUACUAUUUGGAAAGACUGCUUUAAAAAAAACAACCUCUUUUGUUGUAUUAUCUGCUUUCUCAUGUGCAAUGUAUAUAUGUAUUGUUGAAUUUGAUGUUAUAUCCCUAAAAUGCUGCCUUUUGUAGACUGAUAUUUUGACAAUACAGCACACAAUACUUGUCUUAUUGGCAAUUAAAAAUAAACUUUAGUCUUUGAAGGA